AUGGUUAACAUCACUACCCUAGCUCGAGGUUCCCUGGGUGGGAAUGGGACGUCGACGACAGUGUUUAACCCGGGCGAAAUCGUGGUGGAGAACUGGUACGGGGUUGCGGAUUAUGUUGAUGUGUUCGAGGAUGCGUAUCAGGUGUAUACACCGCAGAUUAUGGCGUCGAUUCCAACUGGGUUUGAGGAGCGGAGUUUGUUUAUUAUGUAUAAUUUCACGGGGACGGUGGGGCAGCAGAUGGAAUUGGUGGAUAGUGUUGUGGGAGCAGGGGUGGGUGGUUUGUUUGUUACGGACCAGGCGGGGUAUACGAGCUGGAGUGGGAUUUGGGGGGAGUUUGUUGGGGAUAUGGAUGGUGCUUGA